AUGUCCGCUAGAGGGAUCAGAAGGAAGAAGUCGUCUCUGUCCGAAGUCAAAGUCGCUGUGAUCGGCGCGCCCUCUGUCGGGAAAAGUGCGUUGACCGUGCGAUUCCUAACCAAGCGCUACAUUGGCGAAUACGACCAUCAGCAAGACAGUAAAUACAAGCACGAAGCCUUAUUGGACGGCGAGCCCAUCUUAUUCGAGAUACUAGACACAUGUCCCAAGAGUAUAGAAGAGUUACCAAGCAAUGAAAUAGCACAAUGGGCGGAUGGCUUGUUCCUGGUGUAUUCAAUAACGGACCGAGAGUCGUUCAACUAUGUGCGGCGCGCCAAGCAGAGCCUGCAGCCUGAGAUACCCCUGACACUGGUUGGAAAUAAAGCUGACAUGGUGCACUUAAGACAGGUUAGCCCCGAAGAAGGUGAAAUCCUAGCCAAAGAUUUCGAAUGCAGCUUCGCCGAGGUGGCAGCGGCCGAGCAAGUUAACCAAGUAGGAGAAGUGUUCCACGAACUUUGCCGGGAGGUCCUCACACAUCGACGGCGGGCGAAACACAGCUUACUCGACAGAAUGCUGGGCUCAAAGAGUGCUUACCGGGUGUAUUCUAGAGGCAAGAGUGAUAGCGCCCUCCCUAAAGAUUAG